AUUUUUAGUAUUAUAGUUGGUAUAAUGGCAUCAUUGUUUACAAUGUGUUACAGUCAAAGAAAUGAGACAAAUUAAUAUUUCAGAACCAAAUUCAAUAUUUAAAUAAUGUUAUUUUAAAAUGGCAGAUGAUAUGAAUGUACUUUUUAUACGAGGAAAUGGAAACGAUACAGACACAGCCAAUGAUAAUGUUUGGGAUGAUAGUGCAUUAAUAGAAGCAUACGAUAAAGCAAUAAAUUUAGCAAAAGAAGAAGUUAUCAAGCGAAUGGGAAUGGAUGUUGAAAAUUCUCAACCGAAAGAAAACCUACAAAAUUUUAAACAGCCUAAACAUGCAAGUAAAUUACACAAGAAAUGGAUUAUAGGAGCACCUUGUCGUGCAAUAUAUUCAGAGGAUGGAGAAAUUUAUGAAGCUAUAAUAUCAAAAAUUUAUGAAAACAAUGGAACUUGUGUUGUAAAAUUUGUAGGCUAUGGUAAUACAGAGAAAGUCGAGUUGAGUUCUCUUUUAGAAUCAGAAGGUUUGCAAAGUCAAAUAGCACAACAAAAGAAAGCUUUGGAAGAGAAAUUCAAUGAAGAAAAUGAUGAGACUUGUGAGACUAAUUUCUCUACAAAUGUAAAUUCAAAAAAAUAUAAUGGAGAAAAAAUGGAUUGUGACUCCGAAGAAGCAAAUGCGUAUAAACAUCAGUUCAUACCGGGACCAUCUUUCAAUUCGAUGACUGAUAUAAUGCCACCUGCACCUCCUUUACCACCACAAUUAAUGGCCAAAUUACCAGACAAUGAUACAGAUGCACUUUCAAGUAUGUUGAUGUCAUGGUAUAUUAGUGGUUUUCACACAGGUUAUUAUCACGGUUUGAAACAAGCAAGAAGCAAUCAGGAGAACAGGAAGAACUGUUGAUUAUAUCAAUUUUUUCAAUAAUAAUAUAACGAUAAUAUAGAUAUAAAA